CUCACUGACUGGUCAACAAGAGGCUGACACUUCUUCUGUUGCAGAAUAGUGCAAGCCUGCAUGCACGAAAAAGGCUGCUUGUUGAUUGAUCCUGCAAGAACUGCAACACAAGAUUCAACAUGAUGUCUUCAGUUACACUCAACAAUGGAGCAAAGAUGCCUAUUGUGGGUUUAGGAACCUGGAGGACAGCCCCGGGAAAGGCCAGUGAGGUUGUUAAGGUGGCGAUAAGAGCUGGUUACAGGCACAUCGAUGGUGCUUACGUGUACCAGAAUGAGGAAGAUGUUGGGGCUGGAGUUCGUGCCAUGAUUGACGAAGGAGUGGUUAAGAGGGAGGAUCUAUUUAUUGUCAGUAAGUUGUGGUGCACCUUCCACGUUCCAUCUCUGGUGAGGGGAGCCUGUGAGAAGACGCUCAGUGACCUGAAACUGGACUAUGUGGACCUUUACCUCAUGCAUUUCCCUAUGGGGGCCAAGCCAGGGGAUGACAUUUUUCCAUUUGAUGAGAACAAACAGCUACUUACUGAUGGCAGCAACUUCUUGGACACUUGGGAGGCAAUGGAAGAGCUGGUGGAUGCUGGAUUGGUCAAGGCUAUCGGCAUUUCCAACUUCAACAAAGACCAGAUUGAAGCCAUUCUCAACAAGCCAGGCCUCAAGUACAAGCCUGCCAACCACCAGAUCGAGUGCCACCCAUUCCUGACCCAGGAGAAGCUGAUCAACUACUGCCACUCAAAAGGCAUCUCAGUGACGGCUUACAGCCCGCUGGGCUCCCCUGACAGACCCUGGGCUUCAUCUGAUGAUCCCUCUCUGCUGGAGGAACCAAGGAUCAAGGCUAUUGCUGACAAGUACAACAAGACUCCAGCACAGGUUCUCCUCAGGUUCCACAUCCAGAGGAACGUGAUCGUCGUGGCCAAGUCAGUAACACCCCAUCGGAUCAGGGAAAAUUUUCAGCUGUUUGACUUCGAGUUGAGUGAAAACGACAUGAAGACCAUGAUGAGCUUCGAAGAGAAGAGAGCAUUCCCGCUACUGUGGGCCUCAACACACAAAGACUUCCCUCUGAAUGCAGAAUAUUAGCUCAUCAGACAACAUGCUGCACCGCGUCUACAACUAUCAACUACUGAGCCUUUCUAUUCAAAAUAAACAAGCUACGAAUUAUUGUCUUGAUAAGAUUCUACAGAAUCACUUUUUGUAUAAUGUCGCUAUUACAUUUUUGGGGGAUUGUGUGGAAUAAAAGUAUCUUUUUGCAAACUGUUAAGGUAGACGUUGAAAGUGCCCAUUAUUAAUGCAAUGUAGUUACUGAAGAAGUUGUAAUAAAAUAAGAAUACAAAGAAGGUUAGAACCAAGAAAAUAAUAAAUAUGCAAGAACCAAUUUUGUACUUUUUCUCUACGGUAAAAAUAAAUAAGCAUUAUAGAAAUAUUCGGGAAUAUGGCCCAACAUGAUGCCCGUUGUACCAACCAGACAAUAAAAUAUAAACCAGGAAAAAUGGGGUGGGUGGGGUUAGCAAACUCAAAAUCCAGUAUUAAUGCAGAGCUCGUAAUUUCUGAUUUAGUUAUUCCCUAGUCCCUUUUCAUGAUGCAUUUGUACGGCUAUCCCCUAUACUUCUGCUGCAUUUCUUUAUGUUUUUAAUCGUGAAGUAUUUUUCUGCAUUAAAUUUGCUAUGUAAAUACCC